CAUUGUUUCAAUGAGGUGUAAGGGUACCAACACUUUCAGCCACAUCCAUAUGUGAAUUUUUCAUGAUGCAUGUUUUUGUAUCACUGUAAAUUGAAUAUCUUUUGGUGUUUGGACAAUAUCGCUAGCGAGUGGAGAUGGCGUCCGAGUUUGCUGUAUCUGAAGUCUUCUCCCACAGGAAAUCUCAGUCAGGAACCAACAGCCUAGCUGUACCAUUGCAAAGUUCUGACCAAUUAAGAGAUCAUGAUGACGCUUACAGCGAAGCUCAGGCUCUUCUUGGUGAUUGGCUGAGUAGUAAGUUGUGGUUGGAGAUGGAGAUGGAGGACGAAGAUGACCUAAUGUACUACCCUAAGAGGAGAAGCCCAACUGCACUGCCUAGUUCUCAGCCUACAUCCCUGAACUAUGACAACUUUGAUG